AUGAAUGAGAACAACAUGAAUCCACUAACGGCGGUUGAACCCACCAACAACAGUUUAAAAGAAGCACUUUGUGCUCAACAACGCCUCCUCCAAAAACUUUACAAUGAAUUGGAUGUUGAAAGAGAAGCUGCUGCUACCGCAGCCAGUGAAGCAUUAUCCAUGAUACUUCGUCUUCAAGGAGAAAAAGCCGCUGUAAAAAUGGAAGCCGAACAAUACAAAAGGUUAGCAGAGGAGAAAAUGAAUCAUGCCGAGGAAUCUUUCCAGGUAUUUGAAGAAAUCAUGUACCAUAAAGAAAUGGAAAUCGCUUCUUUAGAUUACCAAGUUCAAGCCUAUCGUUACAAGCUAGUAAGCUUAGGAAUCGAUGAUCUUGGAGCCAACGAAUUCAAAUUCCCUGAGAAUUUAUUACAACGAAAUGAAACCCUAGUUGGGGAAACAAGCUCAGAUGUUCAUGGUAUCACCAAAAAGAACACUCCACCUCCAAAACGUUUAAAGUUAUCAAAUUUGAAAAAGGGUACUGCUACUCUUAAAAGGGAUAGAUCGAUACAAGAAGAUUCUGAUACGAUUGCAAAAAUAGUGGAAGAAAGUUCACGUGAACGUGAAGAUGAAAAUAAUCAAGCUUUUGAAUUUGGUUUGAAGACCGAAGGUUCUACAUCUGUCGAUAUCAAUUCGUAUUUGGAACAAAUACGAAAAUUAGAUAAAUUAGUAGAAGAAAUGGCGGGAGAGCAGAACUUUUGUACAUUUGCUAAAACUUCAAGAUCUUCAUCAGUUCGUUCUAAACUUAACGAAUUAGAUCGAACACAAAGUGCAAUGAAUUUCCAAAAGUGGACAGAUGAAAAACUAUCUUCCAAUACAUGUUCGACAAGUGUCCAUGAUGUCUUUGAAGUUCCUCAGAUUAAGGGAUAUGAAAAACCAUAUGAGAAAGACGAAGAGAAAUCGAUUAAAGAUGAUGAAAAAAGUAAAAAGUUGGUUGCUUUUCAUAUAGAACCUGUAAAAUCAUAUGAAAAGGAAGAAUUUUUUUCAGGGAAAAAGCCUUUACUUCCGAAACAUAAAGACAAAAAGGUGUUUUUGCCUGGAGAUGGUAUUAAUGUUGACUGCCAUAUGGCGCUAUUUCGGCAUGCCACGUGUGCUGCUGAGAUUGCUGAGAUAGCUGAGGCGGCUGAGGCUGAAACUGAAAAUGAAACCGCAGAGCAAAAUGUAAGACAAGAGGGACAAGAAUUGAGAUUGUUGUAUGAGAUUCGUGACAAAUUAAAUUCAAUACAAUCGGAUAUUAGAAGCAAAAACACAAAAGUCAACAAGUCUUCUCCAAAUUGCGACUUACCUAUGCUUCAACUUAGAGAGGCAAUGAUGCAUUUCUGGUUUUGACCACUUUCCUCAAGCUCAACGAAUGGCUACUUACAACAUAAGUUACCAAGUAAGAGAAUACUUGUUGUUUACUGCAACUUUUGACAUGUCAUGAAAACGGUAUCUUCGCCAACUAGACACAAAAGUCAAGGAACCUCCUGUGUUGACCUCUUUUAACACAAGGAUUGUAAGUUGUUCUAGUGACUUGUAUACAAUUAUAGUGAUGUAUUUAGUAUAAGUUUCAUACACUUGUAUAUAAUCAUGCUGAUUUGUCAAACUUAUUGUUGCUUGCAGAUUAUAUUAAUAUUUUCAUUGUGUUUGUUACGAUAUAGUUUCUUAUUACAACAUUUUUGGUUUGAGGAUGAAGUUUACGAUAAUUUACAAUGAAAUUCACAAUCGUUGGUGG